AUUCAGUCAAUUUGUCUAGAUUUAAUUAAACUUUAUAUCUACUUAUUCCUUAUUUAAAAUGUCUUUUGAAUUUGCACCAUACAUUUUCCAUGACCAAAUUUAUAGACAAGUCAUAUUCCAUCGAGAUAAAAAUCGUGGCUUCCGUCCGGAAAAAGAGUCUGAACUUCACGUAACAAAAAUUCCUUUCACUGCUAAUGUUUUCGAUUUAUUCAAGUUUUUUGACAAAGUCGGUAAAAUUUUCCAAGUAAAACUAAUGAUGAAAGAGGGAUCCGCUUCCAACCGAGGAUUUGGUUUUAUCACUUACUUCAGCAAAAAUUCAGCCCAGGAAGCUACAAAUAGUUUGACGACAGUGCCUUUCAUCCAGCAGGAUGAUGAUGAUAAUUAUUUGUUAAUAACAAAAUCAUUAGACAACUGUCGUAUAUUUCUGAGAGGAAUAGCCCGUCAAAAAUCAAAAGAAGAAAUUUGGAUGGAAUUGGAACGAAUAUAUCGAGGGGUGAAUAUUGUGGAUGUGAUUGUCCAUGGAAACCCACAGAAUGUACAUUUGAAUAGGGGCUAUGUUUUUGUUGAAUUUCCUACCCACGAAGAAGCGGCACGCGCACGGGUGAAACUCAGACACUGUCGCAUUUUUGGGAUUUUUCUUGAGGUGGAAUGGGCCCUUCCUUUGAAAAAUUUUGGUCAAGAAGAAAUAUCAAAGGUCAAAAUUCUCUUCGUCAGAAAUCUGGACCUUUUGCUAAGUCGUUUCCAAUUCGGUAUGAUCAUCCACAGACUUAUCAAUUGUCAAUUCGUGGAAAAAAUUCACAAAUUCGAAAAUCACGCUUUCAUCCACUUGAUAACACACGAACAUGCCGAACAACUUUUGGAAAAAUUGAAAGCUUUUUACAAUGGAACUACAGUUGAAGUGUGCUUUGCCACGCCGCCAAAUAAGUUCGCAGAUAAGACUUUUAGAAACACGGUUAUAGCUAACCGUUGCCAGAAGUUUGAAAAGCUCAGCAGAGCAUCAAAUCGUUAUGCAGAAAGUACUUCUAUGGACACUCCUCCAUUAUCAGUCUCUCCUACAUCUACCAAUACUUCGUCCGCCCUCAAGCGUCAGAAGGAUAUUUUAGAGGAUUUGGAGGUCAAACUGUUGGAAAUUAGUGAAAAAAUGUCUUCAAUUUAACUUUAAGUUUAAUUUUGUUCAUCAAUAGUCAUAUUUUUAGAAUAUUUUUUUUCUUCUAAUUUUUUAGAAAUAAUUUUAUUUUUGUUCCAAAUCUCUAUUAACCUAUUUUUAUAUUAUAAUAUAAUUAUAAAGGAUGUGAGAUUUGUGGGGAUAGAAAAUGACUACUGAAUAAUUAAUAUUGUAGUUAUAGUAACUAAACUAAAUAUGUAAUAGGUUGAAAAGAGAAUUUCAUUGUGUUUUUCUUCAGCUUUAUUUUGUUUCACUGGAUUAUAAACAAUAGUAGGUAUGUUCGUUUAUGGAAUAUGCUAACUACAAACCGUUCGUUAACUUGGUAAUUAUUGUGAGGAACUUUCUAGAUAAAGAUAAAGUGUUUCUAAUAUCUUUACCUAUGUAUUACAAGUUAAGGAGUAGAUUUGUAGAUGAUUAAAAAUGCAUGAUAUGGUUUCAAUAAUAAAUUGUUUAAUAGGCAAAGAUUAGUAUUUUUUUUUCCUUAUAGAAAAGAGGUAGGUACCUGGUAUCUAUUCCAUUUGCAAAAUGGAAUAUAGCCGGAGAUACAUAUUUCUAUUUUUAAAAAUAUCUAUGAUCACAACUAGAAACUAGAGACUAGACAAAAAAAAAUAUCACUGUUUUUACAAUUCUGUCUUAAGGGAUGGUUUGAACAUUCUUUCGUCAUUUGCUAAAAACCACUGCUUGUAUGUUUUUAUCGGAUCGAUCAUCCAAUGUUUAUGAAAACUAAUGGCAUCUUUGACUGCUAAACGUCCUGGAGCAUAGUCAUCCGG